GUUUGCUUGAAUGUAGUAGUAGUAGUGGUAGUGAGUGAGGGGUGUGCAGAGGAAGAGCACUACUCUCACACACCACCAAAUAAUAAUAAUAAUAAUACCACCACCACCACCCUCUCUCUUCUCUUUUCUCUGCCUUGCCCUGGAAACAACACCAGCACAGAACAGCAUAGCACAGCACUGUGUGUGUGUGUGAGAGAGAGAGAGAGAGAGAGAGAGUGUGUGUGUGUGUGUGGAGAGAGGGUUCAGCCAGCCAUUUUGGGCUCUUUAUUCAACCAUGAUGAUGAUACCAAGGGGGUCUUUUUGUGGUGGUAGGAGAAGAAGAAGUUGGAGGAGCUGCGUUUCUUAUGGCAAAGGGAAUGCAUGCAGUGUGCUGUGGGGGGGGUGCAGCAGCAGUGUUUCAAAUUGCAGUGAGGGCUUGGAUUGGAUUGGAUUGUUGCAGAGGAGAGCAGAGGUGCAGUGGGUGCUACUACUGCUCGGAAUUGGAAUUGGGUUGCAUUGCAUGCGGGGUUUGCAAGGAUGUGUGAUAGGGGUGCUGCUGCUGCUGCUGCUGGGCUCUCGCUAUGGGGUCGUCAACUCCCAGAGGCUGACGAUGAAGGUGGUGCAGAGAGGAGACUUUGCUUGUUUGUUUGUUUGUUUGUGUGCAGGCCAUGACGUGAUGCGCAAUAUCAAAGUCACGUCAACAGGAGGGCCAUGCGGAAGACACGUCCCGCAAUGGAGCUCUCAUUCAAUGCGACAAAGCUGGCUCCAGGUUAAGACAUCGAUCGGUCCACACGAUCUGCAUGGUCCACCUGAACACUGGCGUGGCACCCACCAGGACUGCUUGCAGCCUGAAUCCAACUGCGAUUCAUGGAAAUAUCUGAUCAGGACAAGCUACGUAUGCUGGAGUUUCGGUGAUGCUGAUCUCGAUGCGGAUGGUUAGGCAGAUUGCAGAGUUUUGCAGUGGAUUUUAAAGGGAGCAUCGUGUCUGUGUGUGUGUGUGUGUACGUGUGUUUUUGCGGAUUCUUUGUGUUUUGGUCUCUGUAGGGCAACAGAGUUUAUAAUGUUACCAUCAACUGCAAUUACUGUGCUGCACAUUUCGGGUUGAAAA